AUGUAUACAUCACAAGUAAGAAAUAUUCUCCUCAAACCGUUCCUAGGGAUUAAAAAAGACCUACACGAUCGAUUGCCGUAUUACAAAUCUGAUUGGCUAGAUUCACUUGACUACAGAGUUAUACCCAGUGUCAUAGAAACCUAUUUCAACAAUUUAUUACCUGCAUUAGCCUUUGCUCAAGACAUGUUUGAUAAAACAGACAAUUCAUAUGGCGUAAAUGAAGUACUAUUGAGUAGUGCAAUGGCUGGGAUAAUAUUUGGUAUAUUUGGUGGACAACCCUUGUGUAUCGUUGGCGUUACUGGUCCCAUUUCCAUUUUCAAUUACACAAUUUACCAAGUGUUUUACAAGAACAGUAAAAAUGCAGGCAAAUACCAAGAUAUGAAUUAUUUUGGGUUCAUGUUCUGGGUUUAUAUAUGGAGCAUGAUUUUCCAUUUUAUCACAGCUAGUUUAAAUUUUGUUUGUGCGUUACAAUAUGUUACUAAUUUUCCCUGUGACAUUUUUGGAUUAUUUAUUAACAUUAUAUAUAUUAUUAAAGGUAUCGAACUUUUAGGUCAGCAGUUUUAUAACAAUAAUUCUACUCAGGAUGUGGCCAAUGGGUUUGCCAACGUAGUAGUUGCCCUAUGUAUGGCACUUUUUGGAACUUUAAGCAAAUUGAUUGUUAAAACACACAUCUUCAAUCAUAAAAUUAGGCUUUUAAUCAGUGAUUAUUCCACCUGUUUAAGUGUUAUUUUUUGGACUGGAUUUAUUCAUUUCGGCAAUGGUUUAUCCAGGGUGGAAUUUAAACGUUUACCCAUAACAAAGUCUUUUUAUCCAACAUCCAAUGAUAAGACAUGGCUAGCUUAUCAUAAAUUAAGCACUGGUGAAGUAUUUCUAGCAUUGCCUUUUGGUAUUAUACUAACCAUUUUAUUUUAUUUUGAUCAUAACGUGUCCUCUUUAAUGGCACAGAGAUCACAAUACAAGUUGAAAAAGCCAAGUACAUUUCAUUAUGACUAUUUCUUGUUGGGGAUUACCACUGGUAUAGCUGGCAUCUUGGGUGUACCAGCACCUAAUGGUUUAAUUCCACAAGCUCCUUUGCAUACAGAAAGUUUAUUGGUAUGGAAAAAUAAAAGAUAUGAGAUAGACGAUGAUAAUUGCGUCGAAUUAAACGAUGGGACAAUCAACACUGUUAUUAGAAUCAAUAGUGGCAAUGCUGAUGAAAAUGCUUUAGCAAAGGAUAUUCAGCAUGAAAGUAGUUGGACUUUAAAGAAAAUAUUGGGGUAUAAAACAAAAUCCACUAUUGAUACGAAUAUUUCGACUAAACUCGUUGCAAACGACGAGACAGGUGAUAAUGAAAUCAAUGUAUUUAAUGCUACUAGCAGUGGCUCUCCUAAUAGGAAAAUGGAGUAUGACACAGAAAAGGAAAAGCAACAUGAUACUGGUACUUCUGACUUAUAUGUGGAAAGAUGUGUGGAACAAAGGUUCACGAAUACAGUUCAAGGAUUAAUGAUAUUAGGUACAAUGACUCGUCCAUUAUUGGUUUGUUUGGGAGAAAUACCACAGGCUGUUUUAAGUGGAUUAUUUUUCACCAUGGGUAUAAAUGGGAUAUUGAACAAUACUAUUGUGAGUAGAAUCUUGUACAUUUUAAGCGAUAAUAAAGAGGAUAGCAGUGCGUUAAGUAAAAUAUCUACAAGAAAAAUAAUAAUUUUUGUUUUUGCUGGGCUUUGUGGAGCAGCAGCAGAAGUGGGUAUUUCUAAUAGUAAAGGUGCAAUUGGGUUUCCAUUGAUUUUGUUGCUUACUGUUAUUGCUACAUUUACAUUCCCGGUAUGGUUUUCUCAAGAAGAGAUAAAAACAUUGGAUAGUAAGGUAGCACAAGAGUUUACAUUAAAAAAUAUAAUUCCACAUAAUUUAUUAUCAUCAUGA